AUUACAUUGCCAAUUAAGAAGACAUUUACCAUCAAAUAAUUUUCCUCAACCCAGUCUCUUCGUUAUAAAGUAUUUUCUGGAGCAAAAUUAUGCUUUAAUACUAACAGUUUCAUUCAUUUUAUGGUUAACCUAGUGAUAAAAUCAAUCACCUAAAGUGAUAUAAAUCAAGUGAAUUGCUCAGUUUAAAUAUACUUAAAACAAAACCAAAAUGGAUGGUGAAUUGUCCAUACAUAUGACUGGAUUACAAAUCCAUAGUGAAUCUUUCCGUGAAUUGUUGGCUGAAUUUCUUGGUACAGUUGUUUUAGGCGGCUUAGGCUUUUCUGUGAAUGCAAAUUUAUUCCUUAAAAAUAUCUCAUCACCAUUAUUAACACCUUGGGUUUGGGGCCUUGCGCUAACAUCAGCAAUAUACGUUUGUGGUGGUGUAUCAGGCGGUCAUGUCAAUCCAACGGUAACUUUGGGUCUUGCCUCAGUUGGUAAAUUAUCUUGGUCCAAGGUUCCUCAUUAUAUCAUCGGUCAAUUUGUUGGUGCCUUUGCUGGUUCAGCCCUCACUUAUUUGGUUUACUUUGAAGCCAUUUCUAAAUUUACACGGGACAAUCCUGAAGCUCAAAAUUUGACGUCCAGUAUAUUUGUGGGAGUAUCGACAAGUCCUGUGAACAAUUAUACCAAAUUUAUUGAUCAGACUGUUUGCUGUGCAUUUUUCCUCUUGAUUAUCAAUGCAAUCACAGAUGAUCGUAAUAUGUCAUGUUCAAAGGGCCUGGUUCCAUUGGUUAUUGGAGUGGCUGAUUUAACUUUAUUGUUAUUUGCCUUUGGUUAUAAUGCUGCGGAGCAAAUCAAUCCAGCUAUGGAAUUGUCACCGAGAUUUCUGGCCUGGAUCAUUGGACAUGAUGUGUUUAGCUUCGACAAAAUGGGCGACUAUUGGGUUCCUUUACUUGGAUGCUGUUUAGGUGGAGUUUUGGGUUCUUGGACGUAUCGUUUGUUCAUUGAAAACCAUUGGCCUGAUGAAAUGUUUGAGAGACCUUCAACUGGAGCUAAACUGAGUGCCAAUAUGGAUUAUUUUUUCAACGGUAAAACACCGAAUCGCGUGCAUCCUAUUUAGCGGAAUGGGACGGAGGCCAACAAUUAACCAACCUCGAAUGGAGCCAGCAAACUUAAGAACAGUGAACCAAUUAAGGUUCUAUAACCAAUUACACCAACAUCAUGACCCGUUGUCACCUCUAACUGAUUCAUCCAGAGUUGUAUGGAAGAAACCUCCAUAUUUAACUCUUUCAUCAUUAUUAUGAGCUCACAAGAUUAAAUUGUAUUAUACACGUAUCAUUUAAAUAAAGAAAUCACUUUCUAAUGA